AGCUAUGAGCUCUCGCUCAGGUGAAUCCGAUGUGAAAGGGCUCGUCUAUACUGCCGUCCCGCUCUGAUCGAAGGCAGCAGCCACAUCCUCCCCAUGAAUGGUCCUUUCUCUCAUGCGGCGCCAUGCGCGAGCCCCGAGCUUCGUGCCGUACCAGGACAGGAUCCUAGCGGUGGACCUGCCGGCGCGCGGAUGGAGCCUCCUGGCACGCGGCAUCCAAAAUGCGCCCGUUGCCGGAACCAUGGCAGGGCUCGGCCUGUCAGGGGACACAAACGCUUUUGUCCCUAUAGGAAUUGCAUGUGCGAGAAGUGCGAACUGAUCGCCGAGAGGCAGCGAGUCAUGGCAAAGCAAGUGGCACUUAGAAGAGCUCAAGCCCAAGAUGAGGCCCUGGCAAACAGAUCGACAACGGCCGAAAACCUCAAUGCCCAUUCCAGGUCGUGCAUGACCCCGUCGCAAUCGAGCGAUAUAAGGGGGUCCUUCGCUUGGUCUGCUUUUCAACCCGCUGCCCAACCCCUGUACAUCUCAUCGUCCUACUCGGCCGUUGGGCUUACAGCCACCGACUGCAAGCAGGCGUGCGACGCGUUGCAGUCCUUGCUGAAAAUUCUGCAUCUUCCCAGUGAUUCCAACCUGCUCGUCUACCUUUACGCAUUACUCAAAGAAUCAGACUUCAGUGCGGCUGCAACCUAUGCAAAGAUCGUUGAAGCCCAGUUUGCCGUUCAGUCCGUGGCAUUCCAGGAGUCCCUAGUCACUGCCCCGAGGACAUCAGCUGGGUCGUCAUAUUGGUCGCAACAAGUGACGUCAGCACUGGGAUCGUCGACAGAAAUCAUGUGCUCCAUGUUGACGAGAUGCCCGUACCAACUGCCAGGUUAUUCCAGCGAUAGUUUGUCUUCGUUAAGGGCACUUGACGAAGUCAGCCGGGCACUACUGAAGCCGCAUAAACCUCAGAGCCAUAAGGAAUCAUUUUCCAAGUUUAGGGACUGUCUGCAGCAUAAGGUGAAAGACGAUGACGAACGCCUUCUUGAUGUCGAAAACGAAACUGAUGACAUCCGAGAUUGGAGACCAAGUUCUAAAAAUCGAGGAAACAGUUCUGAGGAAGACUCGGAACAUUGCGGGUGUUUACCAACAGGAUGAAGUAAGGAAGCAAUUAUUGAUACUAUAGAAGCAGCGGACAAACAAGUUGGGGUAAGACUGAAGUGGGCUAACGUAGCCCUAAGUGUGCAGGAGAGGUCCAAGCAACGAGCAUCUGACAGGACAGGACUCGUGCACGACUUCCUGUUUGUGGUCCGUGGUCCAGCUGAUGCUGCUCGCUUUAAGAAUAAUAGACAUGCAAUGUCCAAAGCAACGUAAGCUUACCAGUCUGUGUGUCCGGCUUUAGCAGUACACAAUAUACACAGUUACUACAUACAGGAGAUGCGUGUGCAAAAACGUGUAUACUUCAGCGAAGAAACGUAAUACCGUGCCCUUUUCUUAAGAAUUUUGUAUCGGAUGUAGUGUUUUAGGCACACUAGAUGUAGAGGUCGCAUAUCAUAGUGAAGGAAGUUAUGUGUGUGUAUGUAUAAGUUCUGAGGGGAAUAAAGGAGGCUUUGACAUGUUACAGUGAAAA